AUGCCCCGACGUAACAGGCCUGAGGACCUCGAUUUCGAGAUUCACGUUGAUCCAUCUUGCUUGAGCGAUCCUAUGGACGAUAACGAUACAAGGGCCCCCGAGGAGCCAAAGGUGGAAGUGGAAACAGACCACGAUCUAAAGAACGACUCAGCCCAAGAGCUUGAUAACGACAUUGAUACGACAAACCACACCGACUCACCAUCUGAAGCAAAGGCCGAGCCUACGGUCGAAGCUAAAGAAGAAGAUCAAUCUACUAUAACACCACGAGAGACCAAGGAAGAGGCACAAUCUGAUCAAGAGGCAUCAGAUUCAGAGGCCGACUCAGAAGCCGAAUCAGAGCCCGAAGCCGAACCAAAAGAGGAAGCUAAAGCCCAAGUCGACACUGAAGAUAAGCCAGAAGAACCAAUUGAGGAGCCAGCAACAGAGUCAGAAGAAGUCGAAGCUGUACCUACUACAUCUGAAGCUGAGGCCGACACAACAGCUACAGAGCCCUCAUUAGACGACACAAAAGAUAACGACGAGGAUCAUACCCCUGUCGAAGACGCCAUUACCACUGAGGACACGCCUGCGGACACUCCAACCGAGUACACCCCUUCCGCAGAUAUCCCCACAGACAACAUUCCUGCCGAAGACUCCACCGCUCAGGACCCCAAAGAGGACGAACCUAUCGAAGAGGACAAGGCCAAAUCUGCUGAAGCUGACGUCAAAGCCUCUACUGGGGGUAACGAAGAGAGGCACUUUUCUGAGACCGAGUCAGACCGCUCAGGCUCUCGACGUGAGUCCUCUGGCUCUUCAGGAUCUGAAUACUCCAGCCGUCGACACUCUGGUCGCUCCGAAGCUAUCAGCGGCGUUGCUCGUGACAUUGCUUCACAAAUUGACAACCACGAGAAGCGCGAGUCACUGAAUAGCUACUCUGGAACAGACGAUACUGGUUAUAUCUCUCAUUCAGAGUCGGUCAGCACUCGCACUGGCCCAAAAAUGUCGACCGCUGGUAUGAGAGGCGGUGUAGAUGAGGCUGCUGAGAACAGCUCCCACCAUGAGCACGAAGACGACGUUUUCAGUGAUCGAAGUCCUCGCAGCUCAAUGGGAUCUGUCUCGGAGACUGACAACAGAAAGGCUCAGGAUGCUAUGUCGCGGAUGACCAGGUCGCCUCGUGUCUCAGGUGUAUCUGGUAUUUCCGGCUUCUCAGAGUAUGACAGAGAAGAGGAAGACUUCAUCCCUACCAUCCGAGGCAACCCUCGUCCUGUCUUCCGAUCACCUUCUUCUGUCAAGGCCAUGCAGAUGUCAUCGCCUCCAGGCUCAACAAUUGGCUCCCCUCGAUCAAGCCGUCGAGCACCUCUUUCUGCAUCUCGACUUGGCUCUCCUCGCUUUUCAGAGCAGUACUCUCCUAAGAAGACACCGCCUCGUUUUAAGCGAUCUACACCGCCCCUUGUUCUUCUUCACGUUACAUUGCUUCCGCUUCGGUGGCCGUGGGGUGACGUGCUCGAGAAUGCAGAUGCCGAUGAUCUGAGCAAGGAGUGCAAGGCUAUUCGAGAUGCUUGGCGACUAUUGCAAGAUCGCAUGGCAGAUACCACUGUCGAGCGCGGCAUCCUCCUACCUCACCCCCAGAGCGACUAUGAGGUUCUCGAGGAGAGGCUGCUUGAGGCUCUUGACCUCCCAAUGAGGCGUCGUGCUCGUAUCCUAGAGUGUGGUCACUAUCUUGGUCCCUCCAACGAGAUGACAAUAGAGGACUCAGAGGAGGAAGAGAGUGAGGAGGAUGAGUAUCAACAGCAAGAGGAAGACGAGCGACGAUCAAGUCGUCGCUCUCAGGCACCGCCUACACACUGGUGCAAGACAUGCAAGUCGGACAUUAAUUAUGAGUCACUCGGCCGUGCAAAGGUCUUCCGUGUCAAGGUGUAUGCCAGCAACGGUCUGAUUCGUGGCGGUGCCUGGGAAGCUUGCUGGAAGGAGAUGGAGCGGGUUGAUGUCGAGAUAGAGCCUCUUGUUGACGCUGUAUCGCAGCAUGAGCUUGUGUCUCUGGAAGCUGACCAGGAGAGAGAGUUGGCGAUGAGGGAAGCUGAAGAGGAGGAAAGAUACAUCAGAUUGGAUGAGGAGCAUCGGGAGUUUGAGGAGAGGGAGCGAGGACGUCUGUCUAGAAGACGGGGCGAGUCUCGUAACCAUGUGGAGGAUAUAAGCCAGAUGAGUGAAGGCAAGUCACGUAUGGAGAAUCAUGAUGCUUCUCGUCAUGAGACAUCCCGUCAUGAGGACUCUCGCUACGACAAGUCACUGCAUGCGGAAUCUGUUCAUGAUAAAUCGGCCUACGAUGAGUCACUUCACGAGCCCUCUCACCACGAACUCUCUCACCACGAGCCUUCUCAUCAUGACGAAUCUCUCCAUGAUGUCUCGGAGGCUCGUGAAGCAUCUAUUCACGAAACUACAGAGGAUCAUGACCAAAGCCACAUUGCGAACGACACCCAGCCUGCUGAGGAGCACUCGGCUGAUGUUACCAAGGAGUCCAUGAAGGAGCCCGCCGAUGACGUCGAGGAGUCUUUUGCUGAGGACCAGGAUGAUGAAAAGAGCCGAUCAUUUGAGGAGCUCGAGAAGGAUAUCGACGACCAUCUUCAGGAAGAGCGUGAAAGGAGUCUGGCAGAAGAAGCACGAAAUAUCGGACCUACACCCGAGCCUUCUCACCUUGGAGAUACCAAUAUGGAGGCUGAGGAGUCAUCUAUCGCCCCCGAAGACCCCACCGACUCGAAGGAUGAUGAUGCAGAGCGUCUGAGGAGAGAGGAGGAGAGGUAUAGGGAGAUCUAUGGCGAUACUCCUGCUUCCAAGGAACAUCAUCAGGAAUCCCAGCGAUCCUUCCACGAACAACAGCCAUUGCACCAUGAACAACAUUAUGCUGAGCGUAGUCGCUCUUCCGCCGGCAACCACGCGCCCGACUAUGCGCAUGCCGCUCCUCGAGUGCCUACCGCUGAGGAACGUCGCCAAGCAAUGAAGAGCGCUACUCUGCCAGAGCUACUGGCCGAGUCAGCUCGUGUAGUCAUGCAAGACAAGAAGAACAUCUUGAUCGGCUUGCUGAGUGUUCUCAUUCUUCUCUUGGCUAUCCGUGGAAACACUGCACCCCAACAGGAUCCUAGGAAUUUCCAGACUGUUGUUAUGAAUCGGGAAGUGCCCACCGUGACAGUGACACAGGCCAUCAGUAUCCAGGCGACUGAAGCCGCUCCUCAGAUUGCUGCUUCUGCGGAUCCUGUCGAGGACGAAGAGGAGGAGCGCAAUGUUGAGGUUUAUCAUCCUGAGGAAAGCAUUGUUGUCGAGGAUACCCCUGCUCAGAACAAUGCCGCCCAAUAUGAGCAGGUAAACAACAAUCAGAUUGCUAUUGGCAACUCCUAUCCUAGCCACGAUGGCUCUUCGACUGGAUUGGUCGACCCGUGUGCUUCUUGCUCAGCCCCUUCUCAAGGAUAUCACGGAGUUGAGGCACCGCGAGAACUGGAGGCUGGACCAGCCGCUGAGUCGCCUGAGACCGAGAAGCAACCUACCUGUGAGGAGCGCAUCGUUCGUAUCGUCGAGACAGUAACAGCUGUUGAGACUGCUACAGUCAAGAUUACUGAGUAUGCGACUGAGGUUCCAUCUCAAGAGACGCAGGCUGCUGAGGCCGUUGAAGAAGAGAAGCUUGAGGAGAGUGCUGCCCCUGAGGCAGAGGAUACAUUCGUGGCCGCGGACGCCCCCGUCGAUGGUGAGGCUCCUGUGGAGGAGACACUCCCCGCGGAGGAGACGGUCCUCCCAUCUAACGAGGCCGAGUCUGUAAAGGAAGAGGAGGACCCUGCUCAGGAGACUGUGUCGCCUGACGAAGAGGCCCUUGAUGAAGUCGGGCAAGAGGCUGAUGAUGCGGAACCCAGCAUCGAGGCCGAGGCCACUUCCGAGUCCGCCGCCCCGGAGGCUUUGGGCUCUGACGAGGAAGCCCCCGAACAGGCUGCGGAGCACUCGGAGGAGGCUGAUGAGCUUUAA